GCGGGCCAUGGCCGCAUCGUGUCUCGUGUCCACGUUGGUCACCCGGCUGCUCCGGCCCUCGCAGCGCUGCCGCCCCCGCCACCGCCCCUUUCACUUCUCAGCAUUUCGGAAUGAAGCCAUUGUCAUUUCUGGAAGGAAACUUGCCCAGCAGAUCAAGCAGGAAGUGCAGCAAGAAGUGGAGCAAUGGGUAGCGUCAGGCAACAGGCGGCCUCACCUGAGUGUGGUUCUGGUUGGCGAGAAUCCUGCCAGCCACUCCUAUGUCCUCAACAAAACCAGGGCUGCUGCAGAUGUGGGCAUCAACAGUGAGACAAUUGUGAAGCCAGCUUCAAUUUCAGAGGAAGAACUGUUGAAUUUAAUCAAUAAACUAAAUAAUGAUGAUAAUGUAGAUGGCCUCCUUGUUCAGCUGCCUCUUCCAGAGCAUAUUGAUGAGAGAAAGAUCUGCAAUGCUGUUUCUCCAGACAAGGAUGUUGAUGGCUUUCAUGUGAUUAAUGUUGGGAGAAUGUGUUUGGACCAGUAUUCCAUGUUACCGGCUACCCCGUGGGGUGUGUGGGAAAUUAUUAAGCGAACUGGCAUUCCAACCCUGGGAAAGAAUGUGGUUGUAGCUGGACGGUCGAAAAAUGUUGGAAUGCCCAUCGCAAUGUUACUGCACACAGAUGGAGCCCAUGAGCGACCUGGAGGUGAUGCCACUGUUACAAUAUCUCAUCGCUAUACCCCCAAAGAGCAGCUGAAGAAACAUACAAUUCUUGCAGAUAUUGUGAUCUCUGCUGCAGGUAUUCCAAAUCUGAUCACUGCAGACAUGAUUAAGGAAGGAGCAACUGUCAUUGAUGUGGGAAUAAACAGAAUUCAAGAUCCCAUAACUGCUAAACCUAAGUUGGUUGGAGAUGUGGAUUUUGAAGAAGUCAGGAAGAAAGCUGGUUACAUCACUCCAGUCCCUGGCGGUGUGGGCCCCAUGACGGUGGCGAUGCUAAUGAAAAAUACCAUUAUUGCUGCCAAAAAAGUGCUGAGGCUUGAAGAGCGGGAAGUACUAAAAUGUAAGGAGCUUGGAGUGGCAACCAAUUAACUGUGUUGUCUUCCUGUGUCAUGAACUGCACUCCAAGCCAGGUGAAGCGGCAAAACACUUCGAUAGAGAUGCAAUAUUUUUAAUUUAUUCUAACUGAAAUGGUUUUAAAUCAUUGUAUUUAUUGAAAGCGUUAAGUGGGUGGGAGUUUGGGCACAGGGCUCUGCAGUACCUCAGCAGGGGGCAGUGGGCUGUGGGUCUUACCCUCUGGCCUCCUGAAGCCUUUAGUCUAGUGAUAACCUGGGGACAUCAAUUACAAAUGGGUGUUUUAACUCUGUCAAGCCACUCAGUUAACAUUGCCUUUUUCUAGGAGCGCGUUUCCCAAGUGCUAUUCCAAUGCGUUGAUGCUCACUUUAGGUUUAAAACCUUUUGAGUUCAACUGGUCGAACCAAAGGGAAAAUCUUCUAAGAGGACAUUGGGGAAAAGAUAAAAAGAAAGAAACGUGAUUGGGUAGAAAACAAAAUGUUGACAGCCAGAGAAAAAGCUUCAUGUUUAUAGUAUGUAAGCUAUUAUUUCAUGACUUAUUCAUUGGGAAAAUGUUUAAAGUUGUUCCAAUUGCUGUUAGCCCUCGUUUUAUGUAUUUCACCAUUCAUAAGUUCUCUCCAUUUCAGUUUUAUAGGACUGAAGGCUGAUUUUAUAAAUUAUUCAUGUGUAUCAUCACCUUUGAUUUUUCUUAUUUCCUCAAACCUCACUGUCACAUUUUUGUAUUGUUGGAGGUGUUUAUAUGAUUGCUUUGGUAUAUCUUGAAGCCUAUUUUUGAAAAACAAAACUUCGGCUUGAUAAUCGUUAGGGCAGCUUGUGUAAGUAUGCAACUUUUCCACCAAAGAAUUGUCAGCAGCUGCCUGCUUUUCUCUGAUGCAUCUGUUGGCUUCUCCUACCCCUGGCCCUAUAGUUUUCUUGAGAGCUUGAGUUAAUACUGAAUUUAAUCAGACUUUCUGAUUAAAAUUUUGUUUUUUAAAAUAAAAUAAUUUUCACAAAUGU